AUGUGGCAGGACGGGGGGACGCAGGUCCGGACGCAGCUGCCCCUUAGGCUCUGCUGGGCAAUCACGAUGCACAAGUCACAGGGGCAGACUUUAGCCAAGGCCGUCAUAGACUUGGGGCCCAAGGAGGCCUGUACGGGGCUUACUUUCGUCUGUCUCAGUAGGGCGAAGAGACUUGUGGACCUCAUCGUAGAGCCCAUGAGUUUCGACAGGAUAGGUAACCUUGGAAACUCAUCGACGAUGAAGGGUAGGCUGCAGGAAGAGGUUAGGCUUGGGGAGUUAGCACGGACUACGAGGGUCAGGUACACGGACAUGGGCGUCUUCGGCGCCGUCGCGGGCAAAUCUAGACGCGGACGCGGCAGCGAGCAGGAGGAGGGGGAGGAGGAGGUAGCCAUCCCUGCGAAAGCACUGCUUACGUUCCGAGGCAUUGUGAACAUGGUCGCCCUAGCACGUGACAGUGCUGAUCCGUUUAUAUCCGAGGAUGUGGACUACAGUGUGGCGGACCUUUAUGACGCCAUGGAGGAGAAGACAAACCGGAACUGGGGGAUUCUGCCGGCGGGAGUGCUCCCACUGGUGGUUCGUCGACGGGGGGUGCAGCCGGACCGGACGGGGGUGGUUCCGCCGGAGUGAGUGGCAGCAUCACGGAGCAAAAGGGCCCACACUGCAUGAUGCGGCUCGUUGGGAUCCUGUGCGAAGACUCCAUCCGCCCACAUCCGCCCACUUGUCAUCAACAGCCGCUUGCAGGCGACCCGGCAGGAGCUGGACACCUCAGCAGUUGGGCCGCGGAACAAUUUGUGGACAGAGGUCACCGACCGCUUCCGAGACCCUGGCCACAAUGCGAGAAAAAUCGUGGACGACGAAGAAGUGAGUCGCUUCAACCCGAACAUCAUCCAGCAACCAAACAUCUCGGCGGAAAAGAUUACCAAC